UUCAUUUACAGUUGAGUCACUCAGCGAGGAGGCCUUAAGUGUAAUACUGGAGACAAUCCAGUUCGGAGCUGCAUCCUCCACCUAAAGGCAGCUCACUUCUCUGCUGCUCCAGUUUCUCUGCAAGAACUGCAAGAGGAUUUUUACCAUUCACAACCCCAAUUCCUCCCACUGGGGAGAAAAACAUCUGAGAGAAGGGGAGACUAAACAAAAAGAAGAGAUGAUUCAAAGGUGCAAAUGAUUUGGUGUGAAAAGUCCUGGAAUUAUUAACACUUCAGAUUACUCAGGGGUCACACAUUGGUGCUUUGAAAAACAAAAAAAACAAAAUAAACAAAAAAAAAUCAAUAUGAGGAAACAUCGACAUUUGCCCAUCGUGGCAAUCAUUUCUAUCAUACUCUCUGGCUGUUGUAUGGUUGAGGCUCAGCAACAAGAAGAUGUCAAAAUCGUUGCUGCGGCUGAUAUAAUAUUUCUAGUGGAUUCCUCUUGGAGCAUUGGAAAGGAACAUUUCCAACUUGUUCGAGAGUUUCUUUAUGAUGUUGUAAAAUCUUUAGAUGUGGGAGAGAAUGAUUUCCAUUUUGCUCUGGUCCAGUUCAGCGGAAACCCACACACAGAGUUCCAGUUAAACACGUAUCGCUCUACCCAAGAUGUCUUGUCCCACAUUUUGAACAUGCCUUAUAUGGGGGGAGGCACCAAGACUGGAAAAGGAUUAGAAUACCUAAUUCAGAACCAUCUCUCUAAAGCUGCUGGAAGCAGAGCAAGUGAUGGCACCCCCCAGAUUAUUAUAGUGUUAACGGAUGGACGAUCUCAAGAUGAUGUGGCUCUGCCAUCAUCUGUCCUUAAGUCUGCUGAUGUAAACAUGUUUGCAAUUGGAGUGCAGAAUGCAGUGGAAGGGGAAUUAAAGGAAAUAGCAAGUGAACCACUUGAUUUGCACGUUUUCAACCUAGAGAACUUUACUGCUCUCCACAACAUAGUAGGAGACUUAGUGGCAAGUGUUCGUACAUCUAUGACUCCAGAAAUGGCUGGAGAGAAAGGAGUGGUUAAAGACAUAACAGCGCAAGAUUCUGCUGACCUUAUUUUCCUUAUUGAUGGAUCAAACAACAUCGGAAGUGUCAAUUUCCAAGCCAUACGUGAUUUCCUUGUAAAUUUGAUUGAAAACCUCAGAGUUGGAGCUCAGCAGAUACACACUGGGGUGGUGCAGUAUAGUGAUGAACCCAGAACUGAGUUCUUUUUGAACAGCUACUCCACAAAAGCUGAUGUUCUGGAUGCAGUGAAAGCACUUAGUUUUCUUGGUGGCGAGGAAGCUAACACUGGUGCAGCACUGGAAUAUGUGGUGCAGAACCACUUCACCCGGGCAGGAGGCAGCAGAAUAGAGGAAGCUGUGCCUCAGAUAUUAGUGCUGAUAAGUGGUGGAGAGUCUAGUGAUGAUGUCAGAGAGGGAGUGUUAGCAGUGAAGCAAGCUAGUAUAUUUUCACUUAGCAUUGGGGUCCUGAAUGCUGACAGUGCAGAGCUGCAGCAGAUUGCUACUGAUGGAAGCUUCGCAUUUUCUGCCCUGGAUGUCCGUAACCUUGAUGGUCUUCAGGAACAAUUACUACCAAACAUUGUUGGAGUGGCCCAAAGGCUCAUUUUAUUAGAGGCCCCAACCAUUGUUACUGAAGUUAUUGAAGUAAACAAGAAGGACAUAGUCUUCCUGAUAGAUGGCACAACUGCAAUGGGAAGCACCCAUUUUUCUGCAAUCCGUGAUUUCAUUGCCAAAAUCGUCCAAAGGCUGGAAAUUGGACCAGACCUCAUCCAAGUAGCUGUGGCACAAUACGCAGAUACUGUAAAACCAGAAUUCUAUUUUAAUGAUCAUCAGUCCAGAAAAGACGUCCAUUCUGCUGUGAGGAAAAUAAAAUUAAUGGGUGGUUCAACACUCAAUACUGGUUUGGCCUUGGACUUUGUUAGAAACAACUUCUUCGUCAGUUCUACAGGGUGUAGGAUUGAUGAAGGUGUUUUGCCUAUGCUAGUCCUUGUUACGAGUGGCAAAUCCAGAGAUGAUAUUACCCAACCCGUAGCAGAGAUGAAAAGGAGCAGGAUAAUGGUUCUUACCAUUGGAUCCAAAAAUGCAGACAAGUCGGAACUUCAAGUAAUUGCCCACGAGCCAGAACUUGUUUUCAGUGCAGAUGACUUCCGCGUCCAACCCCUGCAAGCCCUUCUUCCUAGAGUGCUGACACCUCUAAAAACACUCUCUGGAGCAGUGAUCAUUCAAGAAAUACCAUCAGUUCAAGUAAACAAAAGGGAUAUCAUCUUUCUUUUGGAUGGAUCACUCAACGUUGGAAAUGCCAACUUCCCAUUUGUGCGUGACUUUGUUUUGAAACUAGUUGACUACCUUGAUGUUGGAAUUGACAAUAUACGAAUCGGCCUAAUACAAUUUAGUGACACUCCCAGAACUGAAUUCUUUUUAAACACAUAUCUAAUCAAAUCAGAAAUAAUUAAUCGCCUGGGCCAGUUGAAGCCUAAGGGAGGCUCAGUGUUGAACACUGGCUCUGCAUUAGACUUUGUCCUUGCAAAUCACUUCACUGAAGCAGGUGGGAGCAGGAUAGAUGAACAAGUUGAACAGAUCCUAGUCCUGGUUACAGCAGGGCAAUCUGCUGAUGCAUACUUGGAUGCUUCCCAUGCAUUAGCUCGGGCCGGAGUGCUAACUUUUUGUGUUGGAGUUAGGAAUGCCAAUAAGGCAGAACUUGAGCAGAUCGCAUUUGAUCCAAGAAUGGUAUAUUUUACGGAUGAUUUCAGUUCUCUGGCAGCUUUACCACAGGAAUUAAUUAAACCUUUAACAACAUAUGUUAGUGGAGGUGUACAAGAAGUUCCACUCACCCCGUCAGAAAGCAAGAAAGAUAUUUUAUUCAUGAUUGAUGGUUCAGCCAACUUAUUGGGUCAGUUCCCUGCAGUCCGAGACUUUGUGCACAGAAUUAUUUCUGACCUCAAUGUGAGUCCAGAUGCCAUCCGAGUUGCUGUAGUUCAGUUCAGUGACAAUGUUCAAGUUGAAUUCAACUUCAGUGAGUUGCCAUCGAAGCAAGACAUGCUUCUAAAAGUUAAACGGAUGAAGAUAAAAACUGGGAAGCAACUGAACAUAGGUUCUGCACUGGAUUAUGCAGUGAGGAACCUGUUUGUGAAGAAUGCUGGGAGCAGGAUUGAAGAAGGAGUUCCUCAGUUUUUGGUCCUACUUGCUGCUGGGAAAUCAUCUGAUAGUGUGGAAGAUGCAGCGGAGGCCCUGAAACGAGCUGGUGUUGUCACUUUUAUUAUCAAAGCCAGGACUGCAGAGCAAGUAGAACUUGAAAGGAUAGUUUACGAUCCACAAUUUAUUCUGAGUGUGGAUUCCCUUUCUAGAAUUGGAGAAAUUCAGUCAAACAUAGUAAACCUAUUGAAAACCAUACAAUAUCAACCAACAGUUGUUGGAGAUGAGAAGAAGGAUGUGGUGUUUCUGAUUGAUGGCUCGGAUGGUGCGAGAAGUGGGUUCUCUUUUCUAAAGAACUUUGUUUUACGUAUGGUUGAAAGCCUGGACAUCAGUCGUGACAGAGUUCAUGUUGCUGUAGCACAGUACAGCAAUGUCAUCAGACCUGAGUUCCUUUUUAACAGCUACUAUGAUAAAGCAGAUGUUAUUAGAGCCAUUCAGGGCAUGUCUGUUAUGGGAGGGUCUCCUCUCAACACUGGUGCAGCCUUGGACUAUCUCAUAAAGCAGAUAUUUACUGCUCAAGGUGGGAGCAGGAUUGCUGAAAAUGUCCCUCAAUUCCUGAUUUUGCUGACUGCUGACAGAUCAAGGGACGAUGUGCGAAGGCCCUCAGUGGUCUUGAAGACAAGUGGUGCUGUGCCUUUUGGCAUUGGCAUUGGAAACGCUGAUAUCACGGAAAUGCAGACAAUUUCAUUUGUCCCAGACUUUGCUGCUGUUGUCCCUGACUUCAAUCAACUGGAUACUGUACAGCAGCUCAUUUCAGACCGAGUCACUCGGCUAACCAAAAAAGAAAUAGAAACACUAGCCCCGGAUCUGCUUUUUCCAUCACCCAGUCCAGUCAAGAAAGAUGUGGUGUUUCUCAUUGAUGGUUCCCAGUUUGCUUCCUCUGAGUUCCAGCUAAUUCGUGAUUUCAUUGUAAGGGUAGUAGACAGCUUGGAUGUAGGUUUUGACACCACCCGCGUUGCAGUGGUCCAGUUCAGCACAGACCCCAAGGUUGAAUUUCUGCUUAACACCCACUCUACCAAAGAUGACGUGCAAAGUGCUGUGAGAAGACUAAGGCCCAAAGGUGGCAGAGAAGUUAAUGUAGGAGAUGCUCUGGAGUAUGUAGCAAAGAAUAUCUUUACAAGACCCUCUGGAAGUCGCAUAGAGGAUGGUGUCCCUCAGUUUUUAAUACUUCUCUCUUCCCGCAAGUCUAAUGAUGAAGUAGUGGCCCCUGCAGUCCAAAUCAAACAAGUUGGUGUGGCACCUCUGGUUAUAGCAAAAAAUGUGGAUCCUGAGGAGUUGGCUCAGAUUUCUCUUAGCCCUGAAUAUGUAUACCAAGUCACAAACUUCCAGGAAUUGCCCAGCAUAGAACAGAAGCUGCUGAGUCCUCUUACAUCCCUGACUGCUGAUGACAUAAAAGGGAUCCUGGGAGAUGUAUCUCUCCCUCCAGAUGGUGAAGGUGAUGAAAGGGACAUAGUCUUCCUCAUUGAUAGCUCUGAUAGUGUCAGGACUGAUGGACUUGCUCACAUUCGAGAUUUCAUCAUUAAAAUUGUUCAGCAGCUCAAUGUCGGUCCAAACAAAGUGAGAAUUGGUGUGGUUCAGUUUAGUAAUGAUGUGUUUCCUGAGUUCUACUUAAAAACACACAAAACCAAAACUGCAGUAGUAGAUGCCAUACGUCGCCUGAGGUUCAGAGGAGGAUCUCCACUGAAUGCUGGGAAAGCUCUGGACUAUGUUGUGAAGAAUUACUUCAUUAAGUCUGCAGGAAGCAGAAUAGAAGAUACGGUCCCUCAGCAUUUAGUUCUGUUCCUUGGAGAGAGGUCCCAGGAUGACGUUAACAGACCUUCUUCUGUGAUCACCUCGGUUGGGAUUACAAGUCAAGGCGUUGGAGCAAGGAAUGCAGACAGAACUCAGCUGGAGAGGAUAACCAAUGAUCCUAGACUUGUAUUCACAGUCAGAGAUUUUCCAGAUCUUCCAAGCAUAGAAAGCAGGUUCCUCCAACCAAUUUUACGACCUCAAAUAUAUACAACUGAACCGCCUAUAUUUAUAGACAUGAAUGGGAAGAAACAAGCUGAUAUUGUAUUUUUGCUGGAUGGCUCCAUCAAUUUAGGGAGAGAGAAUUUCCAAGAAGUUAUCCAAUUUGUUUCUUCUAUAGUUGAUGCUAUCUAUGAUGAUACUGCCUCUAUUCAGGUAGGACUGGCCCAGUACAACUCAGAUGUGACUGAUGAAUUCUUUCUCAAGGAUCACACCACCAAACAAGAGAUUUUAGAUGCUAUCAAUAAAGUAGCAUAUAAAGGAGGCAGAGUGGCGAAUACUGGAGCAGCAAUCAAACAUCUCCAGGCCAAACACUUUGUGAAGGAGGCUGGGAGCAGGGCAGACCAGAGGAUACCUCAAAUUGCUUUUAUCGUAACAGGAGGCAGACCUGCGGAUGAUGGACAGACAGCUGCAUUGGCACUAAAGCAGUCUGGGGUGAAGCUAUUUGCAGUUGGUGUGAAAAACAUUGACCUGGAUGAAGUGAACAAAUUGUCCAGUGAACCUGCUACUGGGUUCAGAGUGAAAGCUGUCCAAGAGCUGUCAGAAUUGAAUGAGCAAAUUUUAGUUACAAUGGAUGCCGUUAUGAAGGAGACUCUCUGUCCAGGAGUCACUGAUGUUUCGAGAGACUGCAAGCUUGAUGUGAUAUUGGGCUUUGAUGUCUCAGAUACUGGACCAGGACAAAAUAUAUUUUAUUCUCAGAGAGGGCUGGAGUCAAAGGUAGAGGCCAUUCUGAACAGAAUUACUCAGAUGCAGAGGAUCAGCUGUACUGGCAACCAACAGCCAACUAUACGAGUAGCCAUCAUGGGCCAGUCCACUACUGGAGCAAUUGAAGGACUGGACUUUAUUGAGUACCAGCCAGAAUUGUUUGAGAAGUUCCAAGCCAUGCGCAACCGUGGUCCAUAUUAUCUAACAGCAGAUACACUGAAGUCUUAUCAGAACAAAUUCAGAACAGCUCCUAGUGACAGUGUGAAAGUUGUAAUCCACCUAACUGAUGGUGCAGAUGAUGGAAUGGCUCGCUUAGCGGCUGCUUCAACUGCUCUGCAAAAGGAAGGUGUCAAGGCUCUCAUCUUUGUUGGACUGGAAAGAGUGCAAAAUUUAGAAGAUUUAAUGCAAAUAGAAUUUGGACGUGGGUUUACAUAUAACAGGCCACUCAGAGUAAAUCUACUGGAUUUAGAUUAUGAACUGGCAGAACAACUCGACAACAUUGCAGAAAGAUACUGCUGUGGAGUCUCAUGUAAGUGUUCUGGGCAGCGAGGAGACAGAGGAGUGCUAGGUCCCAUUGGACCAAAGGGUGUUCCAGGCGAGAAUGGUUACAGAGGAUAUCCUGGUGAUGAAGGAGGCCCAGGUGAUCGUGGUCCACCAGGUGUCAAUGGAACUCAGGGAUUCCAAGGAUGUCCUGGUCAAAGAGGAAUUAAGGGGUCACGUGGAUUCCCAGGAGAAAAGGGAGAAGUGGGAGAAAUGGGUCUGGAUGGAAUAGAUGGUGAAGACGGAAACAAAGGUCUACCAGGCUUUUCUGGGGAGAAAGGAAAUCCUGGACAAAGGGGUUAUAAAGGGCCUAAAGGAGAAAAAGGAGAACGAGGUGACCGUGGGCUUCGAGGUGAUCCGGGUGAGAAUGGAGUUGAUAACACUCAGCGAGGCCCCAGAGGGUCAAAGGGUGAAAUUGGCCCAAUGGGAGAUGAUGGAGUAGAGGGGGCACUAGGUUCCGCUGGUGGACGUGGAAAGAAUGGUAAUGUAGGACGAAGAGGGCCCCCAGGACCCAAAGGUCCCAAAGGUACACCAGGACAAGCAGGACAACCAGGAGAACAGGGAAGAAGAGGGGCUCAGGGUCCUCCUGGUCAGCUGGGAACUCCAGGUAUAAGAGGAGAACAAGGCAUUCCAGGACCAAGGGGUUCUGGAGGUCCCGCUGGACCGCCUGGAGAACGUGGCAGGACUGGUCCCUUUGGACUAAAGGGUGAACCUGGUGAUUCCGGACCCCCAGGACCAAGUGGAUAUCCCGGCACACGAGGAGAGACAGGAGAAGAUGGACUAAGUGUAACUGGUGAUCCAGGACCUAAAGGCAGAAAGGGAGAAAGAGGUUUCCCGGGACCCCCAGGACCGAAGGGAGCAUCUGGAGACCGUGGUGGUUCCGGAAGUCUUGGUGUCAAGGGAAACAGAGGCCGCAGAGGAAAUGCAGGAGAACCCGGGGAUCCAGGUCAGCCAGGAGACUAUGGAUAUGCAGGACCACCUGGGCUUAGGGGUGAUAGAGGAGAAGCCAGAGAUGAAUGUGCACUUGUUCGGAACAUCAAAGACAAAUGUCCUUGCUGCUAUGGUCCCAAGGAGUGCCCUGUUUACCCAACAGAACUGGCAUUUGCUAUAGAUACCUCUCAAGGCGUCAAUAGGGAUGUUUUCAACAGAAUGAAGCAAGCGGUGCUAAGGGUGGUUAACAGUCUGACUAUUGCUGAGAGCAACUGCCCACGAGGUGCCCGGGUAGCUCUUGUUACCUACAACAAUGAGGUUACCACAGAGAUUCGUUUUGCUGACUCCAGAAAGAAAUCAAGCCUUAUACAACAGCUUCAGAACCUGCAACCAAUUCAGACAACAAAGCAACGUAGCCUGGAAACAGCCAUGGCUUUUGUAGCCAGAAAUACCUUCAAGCGUGCACGCAGUGGUUUUCUUAUGAAGAAGGUGGCUGUUUUCUUCAGCAAUGGACCAACAAGGGCAACUGCACAACUUAAUGAUGCUGUGCUGAAACUGUAUGAUGCUGGAGUUUGGCCUGUAUUCCUUACUAACAGAGACGAUUCGGUUCUCAUAAACGCACUGAAGAUCAAUAACACAGCAGUGGGACAUGCUACUGUCCUUCCGACUGGUGGAGAUCAGUUGAAUCGAACUAUUCAGAGAUUACUGAGAUGUCAUAUUUGUUUGGAUACAUGUGAUCCUGAUGCUGACUGUGAACCUGUUGUUCAAAGGACUAGUGUCAGAGACAAAAGAGCAGCCUCUACAGAUGUAGACACUGACAUGGCAUUCAUCAUAGAUAGCUCUGAAAGCACAACUCCUCUCCAGUUUAGUGAGAUAAAAAAGUAUAUUUCCCAUAUAGUAAGAUACAUGGUAAUCAGCUCUGAUCCAAAGGCAUCACAGCACCAUGCAAGAGUAGCAGUUCUCCAACAUGCUCCCUAUGAGUAUGAAACAAACACAAGCUCAUCACCAGUGAAAGUAGCAUUGUCACUAACAGAUUAUGGAUCCAAAGAUAAAAUCACUAAUUUUAUUCAGAAUCAAAUGACUCAGUUACAUGGCACAAGGGCUCUGGGAAGUGCAAUUGAAUACACAAUAGCACAAGUUUUUGAAAGUUCACCUAACCCAAGAGAUCUGAAAGUCAUAGUUUUGAUGAUGACUGGAAAAGUGAACAAAGAAGAACUUGACUAUCUUCAAAGAGUUGUUAUACAUGCUAAAUGCAAAGGAUAUUUCUUUGUUGUGAUGGGGAUUGGGAAGAGGGUGAACGUCAAGAACAUCUACAGCUUGGCUAGUGAGCCAAAUGAUGUGUUCUUCAAACUAGUUGAUAAGCCAUCUGAGUUGCAGGAAGAUUCCUUACUGCGUUUCGGGAGACUGUUACCAUCUUUUAUAAGCAGUGAAAAUGCUUUUUACCUGUCUCCAGACGUAAGGAAACAAUGUGAUUGGUUCCAGGGUGAUCAGCCAGCUAAGAACCCUACUAAAUUUGGCCAAAAAACAAUGUAUUUUGCAACCAAUGUUACUAAAAACACAAGGGUAGAUACAAGUACCGGCACCAGUGCUAGGACCAAAACCAGGAGCGGCAACACCAUGGCAGUCACCAGUGCCAGCACCACUGCACAUACCACUGCAGGCACCACACUGGGCACCAAGACCAGCAUUACAGCAACUACUACUACCACUACCAUCACCACCACCACCACCACCACUGCAAGUGGCACUGCACGCCCUCAGAAAAAGGCAGCAGUUAAAAUGGCAAAUGAAAUCCAGAUCACUGACAUCACUGAGACCAGUGCUAAGCUCCGCUGGGGAAACCCUGAGCCUGAGUCCUCCUAUGUUUUUGACAUCACCGUCACAUCAGCACACGACCACUCCCUAGUCCUGAAGCAAAAUGUAACUAGCACUGAACAAGUCAUUGGAGGCCUCAGAAGUGGGCAGAAAUACCAUGUAGUAAUUAUCGGUUAUCAAAAAUCACAAAUCAAACUAAACUACAUGGCAACGUUCAGCACAAAGAGUCCACCCCAGUCCAAGGCAGCUUCAAUAGCAACUGCCAACCUCAUGGUGAACACGGAGCCUUUGGAAGUCCCAGAAACCGAUCCUUGCUUGCUGGAUUUUGACAUGGGCACUCAGUGCAAGGAGUAUCAGGUUAUGUGGUUCUUUGACUACAAAAACAAGAUCUGCACCCAGGUGUGGUAUGGUGGGUGUAGCGGUAAUGCCAAUAGAUUUGAGACAGAAGCUGAUUGCAUUAACAGAUGCUUGAAGCCAUCAACUGAGAAUGCCAUGCAGCAACCACCCCUUGAGAACAGAUUAUUGUCAGUCACAGAUAUCUGCAGGUUGCAAAAAGAAGAAGGAACCUGCAGGAAGUUUGAGCUAAAAUGGUACUAUGACUCAAAUACCAAAAGCUGUGCAAGGUUCUGGUAUGGUGGUUGCGGUGGAAAUGAAAACAAAUUUAGCACACAGAAAGAAUGUGAAAAAGUUUGCAUUCCUGGUCACAUUAAUCCUGGGGUUGUUACGAUGAUAGGAACUUAAAGACGGCAACGUGUCAACAUAUACCUCUCAGAGAACCAGGAGUCAGCCAUUGCCAUCUUAGCCUUUUAGAAGCUAAGGGUAUAAGUUACCUUGCACUGUACUAUUUCAUUCUUUAAGUUCCAAGCAAGCCUUGAAGAAAGUGUUUUGCUGCAUGACCUAUCAAUAUGGUGCUAAACUGUUUGUGGACUGAGUGCUACAUGUGUCCGGGUUAUAUUGUAGAGCUUAAACUUUAUGUAGUAUUUACCCACUGCAGAUUAUUUUGUUUGAACAUGUCUACAAAUUACCAUUUCUUUUGGAUUUCGGCAUUACGCCUAUCUAAGGCAAUGUAAAAUGUAGAAAAUAAGGGGGGAAAUCAUUUCACUGCAACUGUUUAUGUACCUGCUUUUAUCAUUUUCAUAUCUGAGCAUAACUUUAGAUGGAAAGCCUGUGUGUAGGAGAGUAGUUAAUUCUGAUAAACAAGCAGUUUAAAUUGUUCACUCUGUUUUUACUUUUGCUGGAUUAGAUCUCAAACUAACUGUCUUUUAUGCAUUUGUAACAUAUAUGAUCAAUCAAACCAGUAAAGGAAAAAAAAAGCAAGAUUUUUUGAUACAGAUGCACUGCUGGGACCAAUGCCUCAGUUAAAGAAUUUUUAAAUUGUGGUGUAGAAUGUUUUUGGCAUUCCUCUAAUGUUGUGUGUUUUAUCAUUUUUUUUUUUUCUUGCGGGGCUGGGGAUUUUAUUUUUAUUGUGGUUUUUGUUUUUAUGAAGUCUAUACAAAAGAACUUUUAAAUGAAGUCUAAUGGAGAUUUUGA